CUUACAGAGAACAUGCUGCACGCGCAGUUUCAUCUGUGCCUUCAGCCAACAAGAGUGCAAGAGUGGAUAGUCCGUCAGACAGACAGGUCAGGCAACGCCAUUAUUGGUGUGAAGGAGCACAAGACCGCAGCACGGCAAGUUGCCGCGUUUGCCCUGUCACAGGAGGAGGAGUGUUGGUUUGAUAUAUACUUCACACGAAUGCGGCCACAACUCCUCAACUCUAAGAAGCGCAAGCGGGAUGACUCAGAUGACGAGGAGGAACGGUUCUUCAUCUCCACCACGGGGAGGCCGAUCUAUAAUGCCUCCAAUGACCUUGACCGGCUGCACUCAAAAUACAAACUCAAGCCAGUGACCAGCCGAGUGGCACGCAGAGUCUUCGAGACGGCCACCGGGACGAUGACUGACACAGAGAAGUCUCUGGUGGCCGACUACCUCACUCAUUCCACUGCGACGGCGGAAAAACAUUACCGCAUGAAGCAGCCCGAGACCAUUGUGAGGGCCAGUCAGCUGCUGGCUAAGCUCGCUGGUGACUCAAGUGUUGAGUCUGCAGAUGAGGGUCGCAGUCAUGGUACCCGUGGCGCUGCUCGCAAUGCUGCCGACAAGCCUGCCUGUACUACAAAUGUGCAGAUGGAUGUCCAAGCAGCAUUUGACAAACUGCUGGAAACGCACCCGGUGACACUGGACGGGGACGUGCCAGACAAGACUGAGCGCAGAAAGGUGUCACCCGACUGUCAGCGGCAGUUGUACGAGCGUUGGCUGAAGGCACAGAUGAAACUGCGCGUGCAGCAUGUUCUCUCAUACUUCUGCCGACGUCUCCCAACAGAAAACCGGGUCAGCACCUGGAUUGCUAAGCGGGGAUGGAAGAAAAACCUCCCCAUCUCUGCCAAUAUCAUAAAGGAGUGGAAGCCCUCAGGAUCUGUGGACAUGGUCAUGGAUUCUAGACACAUCCAGAAAAUGACCAUCUCUCAGAGGUGGAGAGGACUACUGGUCACCGAUGUCAAAGGGAAAGGCAAGGGUGUCGUUGCCACCCGCAGAUUUCAGACUGGUGAGGUGGUCUGUGAUUACCAUGGGAGGGUGAUCACAGCCAAAGAGGGCCAUCACAUACACAAGAACACCAGUGAGGAGGAGACUGGACAUAUGUUCUUUUAUACAAAUCAAAAAGGGCAGCCCAUGUGCAUUGAUGCACAUUCAUCUUUUUGUGAGUGCCACCCCGAAAAGCAGACUGUUGGCAGGUUUAUCAACCACGCAAAAGCAGGAGCCAACCUAAGGCCCAGGUUCUAUGCUGUGGACACAGAUGGGGAGGAAAAAGAAGUUAUUCUUUUCCUCGCAACCAGGAACAUUGAGGUCAAUGAGGAACUCCUGUUUAAUUAAUGUGCGGGCAAAAAGUCUUUUCGGGGAGAGGGCCUGGGCCUCGCUUGGCUCUCUUAGACUUUCUGCAGCCAUCCACCUGGCCUGCAUUUUCAAGGCCUGUAUUCAAGUCUACAAGGACAUUGUUAGACUUUGCUCUUUUUAUUUGUACAGUAUUGCUGAACUUUGUAAAUGUAAGAAAUCUCUGUACAGAGAACAAUGAAGUGGAAGGGCUUAAACUUUAUCUGUCUCAUACCUCAUUGUAAAGCUUAGAUUCUCCUCUUUCCAACAAUCAUCGGCUUUCCAUCCUAUCACAAACCUCUUGUUAUUAACCAGACAUUUAUUGUGGUCAAUUUUAGGCAGCUUUCAGUGCUGGGUCAGAGGUCAUAUCUGGUCUCUAUAUUUAAGCUGCUAUUUCAGGAUAGCAUUAUCUGAUUUAUUGGAGUAAUACCUCAUUGUGAAGCUUAUAUUCUAUUCUUUCCAACAAGUGUUGUUUUUCCAUCUUAUCACAAACCCCAUG